CCUGUCAUUGUCAUUUGCUUUGCUGUGUUCAUUUCAUGGACAUGGCUUUGUUGUUGUUUUGUUGAGGUUAUGUUAAUUUUUGAUUAUGGUAUCGAUCGAAAACAAUAUUAACUAUAAAUAGAGGUUAAUUUAUUUGAGGUUUAUAGUUCAGUGGUUGAAUUCCCGGUGUUUUGAUAUAACGAGUAUGUUAAGGAGGCUUACAGCAUGCAUGCGCCGGAUGAGGGUGGAUGAGCGCAGCGCGUCGGGUGGCAUCGGCGCGGACGACAGCCCGUUGCGCGGCAUGCUGGCGGGCGCGGCGCAGUUCGGCGAGGGCGGCGAGCAGAUGGCGCCGGAGCUGCAGUGGGCCACGCAGCCCUACCCCGCGCGCCCCGGCCCCCGCCCCGCGCCGCGCCCGCUGCCGCGCGACCACGCCGUGCUGCUGUUCCCGGGCGAGGGCUCGCAGUACCUGGGCAUGGGCCGCCAGCUCAUGCACAUCCCGGCCGUUAAAGACCUGUAUGACCUGGCAUCAGAGACAGUCAAGUGGGACGUGGCGGCGGUGUGCCAGGGCGCGGACGCGGCGGCGCUGGCGGCGCGCGCGCAGGUGUGCGUGCUGGUGACGUCACUGGCGGCGCUGGAGGCGGCCCGCGAGGCGCGCCCGGGGCUGCCGCAGCGCGCGCGCGCCGCCGCCGGCUUCUCGCUCGGCGAGGUCACCGCGCUGGUCUUCGCCGGGGCCAUCGACCUCGAGCCCGCGCUACGCUUUGUGGAGCUGCGGCAGGCGGCGCUGGCGGCGGCGGGCGCGGGGCGCGGGGGGCUGGCCACGCUGUGGCUGGCGCCGGCCGCCGACCUGCGCGCGCUGCUGCGGGACGCCGCCGCGCACGCCGCCGAGCAGGGAGACGACGAGCCCUUCGCUGAGGUGGCGAACUACCUGUACCCGGGCUGCAAGGUGGUGGCGGGGUCGGAGGCGGCGCUGCGCUGGCUGGAGGCGCGCGGGGCGGGGCGCGGGGUGCGGCGAGCGGCGCGCGUGGCGGCGGCGGGCCCGCUGCACUGCCGCGCCGUGCGCCGCGCCGCGCCGCCGCUGCGGGAAGCGCUGCGUAUGAUGGAGGUGCGUGACCCGCGCAUCACGGUGGUGAGCAACGUGGACGCCAAGCCCUACCGCGACGCCAAGCACAUCGUGCGCCAGCUGCCGCUGCAGGCGUGCUCGCCGGUGCGCUGGGAGCAGACGCUGCACGCGCUGUUCGCGCGGCCCCGGGGCGGGGGCGCGGGGGGCGAGGGCGGGGGCGGGGGGUUCCCGCAGGUGCUGGCGCUGGGCCCGGGCCGCGCGCUCCGAGCCACGCUCAAGCAGGUCAACGCCAAGGCCUGGGACAACUGCCUGCAGAUCGACGUCUGACGCCCCCUCGUCACCUCAUUGUAAAUACCACAAGUAUAUAAACUCGACUUGUUACACUUUUAAACUAAGCUGCGAUUAUGACUCACGAAUGUUGCAAUCAUCAAAGUAAAAAAAAGGCAGAAUGAAGUUCGCAAGCUAAAAACUGAAGCACCCUAAGUGAGUCGAUUAAAUUGUUACGACGCCGCUAUUAAGCAACAUCGCACCUACACACCCACACUCUCAUUUCACCGCCAUUGUUGUGCUUCAUUUUUUAGUUAGCGAUAUUCCUUCCGCCUAUUUUUCUACUUCGAUGAUUGCAGUAAGUGUAAUUGUUAGCGCCGAAAGUGUAUUGAUCUAAGCCUAUAGUACCUAUACCUAUAGUAAUCUUUGUAAAAAAUAGUUAACUGAAUUUGUAUAAUAUUUAUACAUUUAACAGUAGUAAAUAAAUAUAAACGUGAUAGAUGUAAUUAUUAAAGUUGUUGUUAAAGA